AUGUCGAAGCCAAUUGUCUUAAGGUUAGGUAAGAUUACAUAUGCUCAGAAAGAGUGGGAAGAAGCCAAAAAGGUUGUAGAAGUCCUCACUGUUCCAGAAUCCACCACACGUAACGAAUUCAUUAGAAGGCUGAAAGAUCCGAAUGACAAAUUAUCAAAAAUUAGUGCAAUUGCUAGAACUUAUGAAAGUAUAGCACAGACAGGAAGAUUUGACAAGGAAAUUGCCGAAAGCUUACCGAACUCCUGCGUAGCUGUAUGCCAUACCGGUGCAGGCUACGACCAGAUUGAUGUACAAUACUUUAACGAGAGACAUAUCCAGGUAUCUCAUACACCAGGGUUUGUGGAUAAUGCCACAGCAACCACACACGUCUUCUUACUGCUGGCAGCAAUGAGAAACUUCGUUUGGGGCGCACGUAAUUUGCGUGCUGGAAAAUGGACUGAUGGUAAUGGAGGACAAAAAGCUGGAGCAGAUGUAGAUUUUGGCCAUGAUCUUGAAGGUAAGACUAUUGGUAUAGUAGGUCUUGGUGGAAUUGGUCGUGCUCUACUCAAGAAGCUAAAACCUUUCGAUUUCUCGAGAAUUCUUUAUUCUAACAGACGUAGGCUAUCUGCAAAUUUGGAAAAUGGUGCGGAAUUUGUUGAUUUCGAAACAUUACUUAAGGAAUCUGAUAUUAUUUCAAUCAGCGUUCCAUUAAACUCCGAAACGAGGCACCUAUUCAAUAAGGAAACAUUUGCCAAGAUGAAAGAUGGUGUUGUAAUUGUUAAUACCGCUCGUGGACCAGUUAUCAAUGAAUCCGAUCUAAUUGAUGCUUUGAAAACUUGUAAGGUUAGAGCUGCUGGAUUAGACGUCUUUGAAUUUGAGCCCAUAGUUCCUCAAGAAUUAUUAGAUAUGCCACAAGUUGUUACUAUUCCACAUAUGGGUACUUAUUCGGUAGAAACCAGGAAGAGCUUGGAAGUUCAUGUAAUUGAUAAUGUUGUUAGCGCUGUCACUGCGAACAAAGUUGUGUCAUGUGUGCCAGAAAUCAAGAAUGAAAAAUGGUUCCUUGAAUUAUGA